GAAAAAUCAAACCGCCCCACCAUGCAAUGGCUCUAAACACAAUACAAGACAAAGUGCACGCAAGACAAAAACAAUCCAAAUGGCUUGAGAACUUCUCAAAAGAAGGGAGUUUUAACUUUGAGAAUUUCUUGUAUAACUAAACAUAAAAUUUGUUUUGGAACUCUCCAUUUUUGUGCUUUGUGUUUGUCUUUCUCUUUCUACUCUCUCAUGUUUGGCUUGUCUACGUGCACAACUUAAGCAGCUUCUCACUUUCUUCCCCCCUUUCCUGGCUUGUGCUGUAUUGUAUAUAUAUACCCCUAAAUACAAUCUAAUCUCAUUACCUAAGCAAAAGACUCUUAAAGAAGAUCAAAUACUACUUACUAAAAUGAAGAAGCUUGUUUUUAGUACAACUAUGCUGGUGUGCAUUUUCCUCUUUCUUUUGCUUAAACCUUGUACUUCUGUCAACCUUAAUAGUAAUGUUCAUCCUUCUCUCACAUCACUUCCAAGGAAGCUCAAGGCCAUGGAAAAGCAGGUUACUACAGCGGAUAAACAUGUCGAGUCACAAAUGAAGGCAGAGGACGAAAUUAUAGGUGAUAAGGCGCAAACGGAAAAUGUAAAAGUGAUGGAAAUAAGAGGAGAGAGGUGGACAGAAUGGGAGGAAGUUCAUGAUCCAUCAGACUUGUUUACCAUGGAUUACAGAAGAGUCAGAAGGAGACGACCCAUCCACAACAAAUCUUGGCGUCCAUAAAACAUGGCCACUUUUAAGUUUGCAUAACUAGGGGAGAAAAAGAUUAGACCAAAUUAUUUUUUAUUUAAUUAGGUCACAGUUUUGGGAGAAGGAAAUAUAUUGUAAUUAGCAAAAUGGGGAGCUUGUCCUGGUAAAGCUUAGGUUAGAGCCGACAUUUUGGAAGACUGGCUAUAUAUAUAAAUAUAUAGUUCUAUGUCGUUUAACCUUUUUAGCAUUAGUUAUAGUAAUUUAUCUAGUUAACUCUGAACGUUAUGU